ACAACCACAAGUGCUCCAACAACGACCACAAGUGCUCCAACAACGACCACAACUGCACCAACAACGACCACAACUGCACCAACAACAACCACAAGUGCUCCAACAACGACCACAAGUGCUCCAACAACAACCACAACUGCACCAACAACGACCACAACUGCACCAACAACAACCACAACUGCUCCAUCAACGACCACAAGUGCUCAAACAACAACCACAACUGCACCAACAACAACCACAACUGCUCCAACGACAACCACAACUGCACCAACAACAACCACAAGUGCUCCAACAACAACCACAACUGCACCAACAACAACCACAACUGCUCCAACGACAACCACAACUGCACCAACAACAACCACAACUGUUUCAACCACAACCACAACUGCUCCAACAACAACUGCUCCAACAACGACCACAAGUGCUCCAACGACAACUGCUCCAAUCACGACUACAACUGUUGCACCCACAACCACAACUGCACCAACAACAACCACAAGUGCUCCAACUACAACCACAACUGCACCAACAACAACCACAACUCUUCCAACCACAACAACAACUGCUCCAACAACCACAACUGCUCCAACUACAACCACAGCUGCACCAACAACAACCACAACUCUUCCAACCACAACCACGACUGCUCCAACGACAACCACAACUGCUCCAACUACAACGACAACUGUUCCAACAACAACCACAACUGCACCAACAACAACCACAAGUGCUCCAACUACAACCACAACUGCUCCAACAACAACCACAACUGCCCCAACAACAACCACAAGUGCUCCAACAACGACCACAAGUGCUCCAACAACGACCACAACUGCACCAACAACGACCACAACUGCACCAACAACAACCACAAGUGCUCCAUCAACGACCACAACUGCCCCAACAACAACCACAAGUGCUCCAACAACCACAACUGCUCCAACUACAACCACAACUGCACCAACAACAACCACAACUCUUCCAACCACAACCACAAUUGCUCCAACAACCACAACUGCUCCAACUACAACCACAACUGCUCCAACAACCACAAGUGCUCCAACUACAACCACAACUGCUCCAACAACAACCACAACUGCCCCAACAACAACCACAAGUGCUCCAACAACGACCACAAGUGCUCCAACAACGACCACAACUGCACCAACAACGACCACAACUGCACCAACAACAACCACAAGUGCUCCAACAACGACCACAACUGCACCAACAACGACCACAACUGCACCAACAACAACCACAACUGCUCCAACAACAUCCACAAGUGCUCCAACAACAACUGCUCCAACAACGACCACA